UGUUGUUGUGACAGGGACCGUGACAGCGACAGGCCCGGCACGAGCCCCCGCCCCCCGCACACGGGCCUCGCCGCCUCUGGCUUCGCUCCCUGCCCGCCUGCACCAUGAAGUGGAUGUUCAAGGAGGACCACGCGCUGGAGCACAGAUGUGUCGAGUCCGCAAAAAUCCGAGCCAAAUACCCCGACCGUGUCCCGGUCAUAGUGGAGAAGGUCUCAGGAUCUCAGAUUGUUGAUAUUGACAAGAGGAAGUACUUAGUUCCGUCUGACAUCACCGUGGCCCAGUUCAUGUGGAUCAUCAGGAAGAGGAUUCAACUGCCAUCUGAGAAGGCAAUAUUCCUCUUUGUAGACAAGACUGUCCCACAAUCCAGCUUAACUAUGGGACAACUUUAUGAGAAGGAAAAGGAUGAGGAUGGAUUCUUGUAUGUUGCCUACAGUGGAGAGAACACAUUUGGUUUCUGAAUGGUGGGGCUUGGCUACUGUAUCAUCCUGCUGUGUAUCUUGUAAAUAGCUGAUCAUUUUCUGUUCUGACAUCCUCAGAAGUUCCUUCUAUAUACAUGCAUUUGUAACUGGAUUUAUUUCUUAAUAUAUUGCUAGGUCUUGUUUUAUUAGACUGUUAAAUUAUAAAAAGAAAGUUUUGUUAGUUUUGUGCAUUAUUUUUUCUCACAGCUAUGAAUUCCCAGAGCCUCAGUUCUUUGGGGGAUACAUUUGAUGACAUUGAUUAAAUAAUAAAGCAAAGUAGUUGGGUUACUAAAACAUGAAGAGAAGAACACACAUUUCUUCUGUUUUGAGAUGUUAAUGUAAGAAAAAUAAAAAGAAUAAAUUAGUAUUGGAAACACUGGAUUUGCUAGCUUAUCCAAAGCCAGGAGCAAGAUGCUGAUCGUGUUGAAUUGAGCUGGUAUGUUCCUUUCUCAAUUAACAAACAAGUACAAUAAAAAUUCCUGUCACAAA